UCGGGGCCCUUCAGAGGUCCUUUGAAGGCAUGUGGCGCGAUAUGGGAAACUCAGUGGAAAAAUAGUUUGACAGCAGGAGAGCCGAAGAGAUUAUUAUUGGUGUGUGGCUCUCCAUCCAUCGCAAGAACAUGUUUUCUACAGAACAAACUUGCUGGUUUGUUCGCAAGGUGAUUUGCUGGAGAGCUGCAGCCAGUACUGCCUGGGCCGUCCUGUUACUGGGACCCAUCACAGCAGCUCUUGUAAUCCUCGGCAGAUUCAGUCUCUUCCACCCCAUUCAGACCACAUCAGAAUGCCUGUCCCUCUUAACGAGUGCAAGUGCUGUCUUCUCAUUAAUCCUGCUGUGUGGAGUGAUCCUCAUGGUUGGGUUCCUGAACCUGGAGUAUUAUACAGUCAUACCAACUAUUGCAUGCUCUAAAAUCGCUCUGCUGGGUCAGCUGCUCCACCCUCGGCAGCUUGUCAACUCCGCGGUCCACUGUGUCAUGGGAAUAGUUGUGGCUUGGUGUUGCGCCAUCUCCAUCGGGGGCAGAUAUGAAACACUCGGCUACACUUGCCCACAUAGUGAUGGUGACAGUUCGUCUCAGAUGUGUCUUAAUGAGUAUCACCUCAUCCUUCUGCUGGCUGGAGCCUUUGUUGGGUUGUCUUACAGUCUGCUUGGUGUGAUCCAUAACAUGAACUACAUCUCUUUCCACACUGUUCAGCAAUACAAAUACCUUCGCUUUAAGGGAGCUCUACCUUUGGUGGUGAAGUGCAGCGCCACUCAAGCAGUUUACUCCAUCAGGAACUAUAUUGUUGUGUAUUUCUUUUUGGGAUACAUUCCAAAAGCUUGGUUUUGUAAAACACUGAACCUUUACCUAAACAGCUCUGUCCAUCCUCUUGACAGCAUAGCUGGACUGCUGGACCUCUCCCUGAUCUACCACCUGUGGAUCAGUGCCAGCUUCCUCCUCUUCACGUGGCACAUCACACUUGUGCUCUUUAGGAUCUUUGUGACUGAGCUGUACAGUUUCCCUGUGGAGUCAUCUUUUACUGAGGAUGCCCACCAGUGUCUGGCUAAAGUUCUUACUGAGAAGCAGCCAAUGAUAUUGAAGUUCCUAGCCCUGCAGGACUUGGCUCUGCUGUCUCAACACUCCCCAUCAAGACGCUGUCAGGUCUUCAGUCUGAGUCAGCCAGGUGGCCAUCCUCAUAACUGGAAUGCCAUCAGUAAGGAGUGUCUGUCUAUGCUGACUGAUCUCACCCAGAGACUCGUAGCCUAUCAUGACACUGUUGCAACCAAUGGCAGGGCCAAAUCCUUGUCUACUGGGAGUGAAAGGAAGACUUCAUCGGAGACAUCAGUAACUUCAGGUACGGAAGAUCUGAUGAGCCCGAGGCCCACUUUACUGAUGAAAACUCCAGCGUCGGUCUUUGCACGCUCUGUUGUUGGCACCCCACGGACCCCUCUGACAGCACCGUUCACUCCUGACCUGGACAGCCCUUUUGCUUCUCCCGCCCUGAGGCGUCUUACUGCUCCUGUGGAACAAUGCUCGCCGUGGUUCGGCACAGUGCAGAGCCCACACGUCAUGAGGAGAGGCCCAAAACUGUGGUCAACCUCCACAGAUUCACAGGUCAAUGGCAGUCCUCAGUCAUCCCCUGCUUCAGUUCCCAGCCCCAAGCAGGAACCAUCCAAACCGAGUCUCCUGGCUCAGUUCCUCCAAAACAGAAAAGAACAGGUUAAACAUUUCUUGGCAAAGCGGGUGCUGAUAAUGUAUUUGUUUAACAAGCUUCCAGAAGCCUCCAGUCAAGCUCUGUUUGCAGACAGCCAGGCUCACAUCUGGGCUUUAGAAGGGCUGUCUUACCUUGUUCAAGCGUCCUUCUCAGAAGACCAGUUUGGGGUUGUACAGACUACACUACCCACCAUUCUCAGUUGCAUGCUGGUCUUACAAGAGGCAGUAGAUCGACACUUCAAGCUGCCUCAUGCCUCCAGUAAACCAGUGAGGUCGACGGGCAGCAUGGGAGACUCAACUCACAAAACACUGCGCUUUGCUCUCAGGGCCACUCUCAAGACUGCCAUCUACAGGAUAACAACGACGUUUGGAGAUCAUUUAAAUGCCAUUCAAAUGUCUGCAGAGCACAGGAAAAGAUUGCAGCAGUUUCUGGAGUACAAGGAAUAACCCACCGACACUUUGCCUUCAGAUUCUUACCCGUGUGAUUUUUGUGUGUGUGCGCACAUUAGCAUACGUGAGGCAACAAGUGAAAGCCCAUGAUAGUGCCUCUUUUAAUAUUUAUGUCUGUACGAUGUCAUGCCAGAUUGUAUUUGAUAGGCUGGAUCACAUCUCCUCUGUGCACAAGCGCAGCUGUUGUGACGGGCUGGACUGUCACUGCCUGCGUUUGGGAAAUUUAAACCAGUUUACUGUAUAAAUAAGCAACUCAUUCCAAAAAUCUGCUUGUUUCAUUUAUGUUACAAGAAAAAAAAAUCAAAUCAAGAAAUCAUAUUUGACUUUUCUUAAUUGGAAUGAGUUGUUAAAGGGCUGUUCAUGCUGCAUUUGUACUCAAUCGCUCCGGUUUUCAUUUUUCAUCUGCUGUCUUGUGUUAUUUCUGUGCGAUGAGUGAGCGAGAUGGCACAGUGUGUCUGAGUAGUGAGAAAGGGGCUGUGUUCAUUUGUUUUGAAAUCUCUUCAGUUUCACUUUGAGGUGUCAGAAAGCGUGCGGAUGUAUUUUCGUGGCUCACGUCUUGUUCUAAACACCAGCCAGGAGAACUAGUUUACAGCUGUGCACGUCAUUUCAGGGUUCUCUAACUAGAAAAUACACCGUGAUCAGUUUAUAGAUCACCUGUGUUUGUACAUGUUAACUUUUGUCUUUUGUUUGUGUGAAAUGAGUUUGUCUGAUCCAGGAUGGAUGUAUUGUGUGACUGGUAACAAGUGUGGGUAAUUAUGGUUUCACUGCCAACAUAUAUGGAGUUUAAAAUUCCCAUUCCCAAGAUCUGUUGAAUAAAAACAUUAUGUAGCGACCAUU